CUGCUUGAGAGUACUUCCUCUGUGUGUAUCUUGAUGAUAGCCAUGGCCCAAGUGGCCGCUCACGAGGACGGAGAGAAAACUACAGCACUCAAAGACCUGCUAUCAAGAAUAGAUUUAGAUGAACUCAUGAAGAAAGAUGAACCCCCUUUUACUUUUCCUCAAACCCUGGAAGAGUUUGAAUAUGCCUUCAAUGAACACGGUCAGCUUCGACACACAAAAACAGGAGAACAUUUUAUCUUCAAUGCAAGAGAGGAUCUCCAUCGCUGGAAUCAGAAACGUUAUGAAGCUCUAGGAGAGAUCAUCACUCAGUAUGUUUACGAGCUGCUGGAGAAUAAGUGCAACAUGACAAAAGCAAUCAUACCAGUCGACGCUGCUGCGGAUGAGCCUUCGAGUUUUAUCUACCUAAGCCCCGAUGCCUUGUCCAACCCAUCCAAGCUACUGGUGCUGAUCCAGGGAAGUGGUGUUGUUCGGGCUGGUCAGUGGGCCCGCAGACUCAUCAUCAAUCAGGACUUGGACUCUGGAACUCAAAUUCCUUUCAUCACCAGAGCCAUGGAGGAGGGCUACAGUGUGAUAGUAUUAAACCCGAACGAGAACCACCUGGAGGUGGAGAAACCGUCCGAGCCUUCCACGUUUUCGUCCUCUCCGACCGAACACUUCGACGAACCUGUCGAAAAGAAGGAACGCAAAGAUGACAAGGAGGGCAAGAAGAGGAGAGAAUUUUACGAAAAGUACCGCAACCCGCAGAAGGAGACGGAGACAGAGAGGAUUCCCAUACGGGAAAAUGCUUCCUCUGAGGAACACGUGCUUUACGUAUGGGAUCAUUUUGUGGCCAAAGCUGCUGCCAAGCAUGUCUUCGUCGUGGCCCACAGCUACGGAGGGUUGUCCUUUGUCGAGCUGCUGAAUCACAGAGAAACCGAAGUAAGGAACAAAGUCUGUGCUGUGGCUCUGACGGAUUCUGCUCACAGCAUGUGGCUGCAGGAUACUAGUAAAAGCACACAGGACUGGAUGCAGCAGCACUGCUGUAACUGGGUCUCAAGUCCAGAACCUUUGGACACACCCCUGGACUCCAUGCUGCCAGACUGCCCACGUGUCUCUGCAGGCACAGAACGGCACGAGUUGACCUCCUGGAUGAGCUUUGAGUCCAUCUUCAGGUUCUUCGGCGAGGUGGUGGAGGCUAAAGAGGACGAGGAGACAGAAGAGACAUCCAACAUCGUUACCACUCGCAGCAGCUCCCUCAAAAGCAAACACCUUGAGUUGUAA